AUGGUUGUUAUGGCGGAAGCAAAAGAAGCUAUUACAAAUGUUCAACUUAAACCUAACUCGAACAUUAAUCCUAACAUUAUUAUUGGCGUUUUCAAAGGAUUUUUAUGUCGUGCUAAAAGAAUAAGCUCUCAAAAACACCUUCAAAAAGAAAUCGAUUUUCUAAUAGACAUCUUUGUUGAUAAUGGCCACGACAAGAACAUUCUAAAUAAUAUUACUAUAGACUAUUUAAAAAACGGUUCAAAAAACACCACAUUUCAACAAAUAGAUACCCAACCCUUUAUAAAACUACCUUGGAUACCAAUUGUUGGUCCAAAACUUCGUAAAGAAUUUCGAAAGCAAAACAUAAAGGUUAUUUUCACAUCAACUCCCAAUUUAAAAAAUAUUUUCUGCAACAAUAAAACUAAACUACCACUAAACACAGACCCUGGCGUAUACCAGCUAAAAUGUUCAUGCGGUUCGAUAUACAUUGGCGAAACUAAAAAGAAGGUGAUACCGAGAUGUAUUGAACACCAAAAAAACAGCUUAAAAGGAAAAUGGUCCAGUUCGGGUGCAACUGAGCAUUCUAAAACAUGCCUUGGUAAGUUUGAUUGGUUGCACCCCAAAACAUUAUCUGGGAGCAUUAUCCCAGAAAAUCGAACUCGGAAAAUCAGAGAGUCACUCGAAAUAAGCAAGGCUAGGGUUCAACAGGAGUUGAGAAAUGGUGACGUGGUUCUCAAUCGGGAUGACGGUGAUAAUGUAACAACAAAUUCCUGA